UUCCAGAGGAUUUCUCGGCGGGUGAGAGGGGGCAGAGGCAGAUUUGGGGAAGCGAUCGGUGGUCGACUGAGUGUUCGGCGGAUGUUUGAGCAAAGUCCAGAGGCUUUGCUGGUCUUCGCAAUGGACCGAGGCGAGGAAGAGGAGGCGAGGCUGGAGGUUCUCGUGCACCAGACGGCAUUGAUGGGUGUUUUUUAUUAAGGGGUGGGGGUGGAGGUGGGGAUUUUGUUUUACCAUGACGACCAAGGGCCCCCACGGACAUUUGGAGCCGAGCGCGGCGCGUUCCGUCCCGGCGGCCGGCCCCCACGACGCGACCAAGCGCGGCAACUCGGGCUUGCGGCGCCCGGAGAAGCCCCCCUACUCGUACAUCGCCCUGAUCGUCAUGGCCAUCCAGAGCUCGCCCAGCAAGCGGCUCACCCUGAGCGAGAUCUACCAGUUCCUGCAGGCGCGCUUCACCUUCUUCCGGGGCUCCUACCAGGGAUGGAAGAACUCGGUCAGACACAACCUGUCGCUCAACGAGUGCUUCAUCAAGCUGCCCAAGGGCCUCGGCAGACCCGGCAAGGGCCACUACUGGACCAUCGACCCGGGCAGCGAGUUCAUGUUCGAGGAGGGCUCCUUCCGACGCAGACCUCGCGGCUUCCGGAGGAAAUGCCAGACCUUCAAACCCGUGUACAGGAUGAUGAACGGCAUCGGCUUUGACUUCCAGGCCGCGGCGGGCCCGUUAGUGUGUCACAACGGCUACAAUUUAGACUUCAACGCGAUGCCUCACGGGGGCUUCGAGGGGGUGCCCGGGGGCCACCACGUGUCCCCCGGGUCCGGCUCGUCGUACGCGGCCGCGACCCCCAACGCGGACUACAUCUGCGGCCCGGACGGCGGCGGCGGCGGCUCCCUGCAGCCCUCCCCGGCCGCGGUGGGCUCCCUCGACUGUCAAAGCGCGUACGGCAACGCGCCCCCCCACUGGAGCUCAUCCGCCGUAUCUCCGUAUCUGAAACCGCAGACUCUGGCGUCCGGCACCGGCACCGGCACCGGCACCGGGAUGUCGUCUUACUCGCUGGAUCAAAGUUAUCUGCAUCAUAACGGACGAGAUUCUGCUGACAUCGCAGCUGGCCUGCCUCGGUACGCCAGCCACUCCGCUGCAGUGUGCGAGAGGAAGGAUUUGGUUUUCAGCCUCAACGGGAUGUCCGCUCUGCAUUCGGGCGCCGGAGCCUCUUAUUAUCAUCACCAUCCUCAUCAUCACCCCCCUCAUCCUCAUCCUCAUCCUCAUCCUCAUCCUCAUCAUCAGCUGCACCAUCAGCAGAGCGCCUAUCAGGACGUCAAGCCUUGUGUCAUGUAAAGACAAACAUUUGUUAGCGUAACACUAGCCUACUUUUUGUUGUUGUUGUUUUUUUGUUUUUUUUUAAGUGAAGUAAAUAAGAUCUCUACAAAUCUCCUCAUUGACGAAAUGUCAUUUUCUUGGGCAAUGUGAGCUAUUAUGGCAAUGCGUCAUCCUCAAUAACGUCAUUUUAUUUCACUGCUUCAAUUCCAGACGUGCAACUCACAUGAAAUAUGGAAUAUUGCAUCAUUUUCCUGAUUAUAUCUCGCCCAGCUAACCAAAUCCCCAAAUCCAUCGUCUCCAGAAAUUAAAGUAUUACAAUCCAAAAAGAUUUUUGAUGGAGAAAUUGUAGGUAAGAAUAUGAAAAGUAUUUUCCCAGUUUUCAAUUUAACCCGUUUCAUGUAUGAGAUUGACUUUGUAGAAUGGAACUCGUGAAACUUUUAUACCAUCUUCAUUUAUUGACAUGCACCUGUACAUUUGUUACUUCUUGCACUUAACAUUGCAGAAAAUGAUCAUUAAAGGAAUGUAUUUUAUCUAAACUGUUGAAUGGCAUUAUUAUUA